AUGGGACCUUCCGUGGCAGCGGGCCGCGCGCUCGCCACGGGAGCCCUCGGCGACCGCACGAACAGCCUGACGAAUGGCUCAGUUCCGCUCCCCGCGAAGGCCGCGCCGGUAGCGAGCACGCCCGGCCUCAUUCGUCCGCCGCAGCUGCGCCGUGACAGGAAGGUCGUCAUCCCGGACAUCCAGCUGUUCCCCGCUGUCCGCACGCGCCGCCGCGACCGUGCCAUCCACAGAGCAGGGUCGGGGCGCGUCACUUCUACCCGGAAAAUCGAGGUCCAGGUCCUGCCGGCUGACGAGGUGGCCAGGCUGUAUCCCGCUGCGGCCAAGCGCUUCGGGUACGAGGCCGCGAACGCGACGACGGGCGAGCAGCAGCUGGAGCACGGCGUGUUCCGCGAGUCGCGACGCACCGCCGGGCAGCUCGCGCGCGUCGAUGCUGCGGAGCUCGAGGCAGCGCAGCAGGCAGUGUGCGGGCCCGAGGGCGGCGUCUUCGUGUUCUUCCGCCGCGGACAGCCGCAGACGCAGCACCACCAGAACGAUGACCGCCUCGAACACCCCCACAGCGUCGACGACUACGCUCACCCGGCCCCCCAGGGCCGCGAGAGCUUCCUGCCGCCCUCGGCCGUCCCGGCGCGUGGCGAGCGCGGCGCCGCGCACCCGUGGGAGGCGAACCCGAACUCCCCCUGGUGGGCGGGGGAGUGUCCUGACCCGGCGCAGGCCCCCGCGCCCGUCAGCCGCGACGUGCCGCCGCCGCGCCACGCCAAAAACCUUCUCGAGCGCGUCAUCUCCGAGGCGUACGAGCCGGCGCGCGCGCACGGGCCGCAGCAGCACGCGCACGCCUCUCCGCAGCACAUCGUGCCGGCGACGCCGCACGACGGCGAGCCGCACGUUGCGAAUGCGUGCACGCAGAUGACACCGGCGGAGGAGCAGCCGGCGACCCCGCUUGCGACGCCGCCCCAACUGACGCGGGAGGAGACCCCCCCCGUGCCUGACACCGUGCUCGCGGUGCGGUCGCCGCGCGUGCGCUCGCCGACACCGCCCAGCGCGGCGGCCACGGAGUUCGAGUUCGGCGUGGUGCGCGAGCGCCGGAGCGGCGGGGCGGUGGACGUGGUGGCAGCUCCGCAGGAGGGGGGUGUCCAGACGAGUCCCCCCGCGCAGACGCACGACGCCGCGGUCGGCGGCACGCCGCGCGAGGAGUCCGAGGAGCAGCACGGCGUGGACGUCGCCUGCGGCGACGACGGCGGGUUCCAGGACGACGGCGACGACGACUUCGGGGCGCCGCCCGACGGCGGCUCCGAGGAGGCGAGCAUCGGCGGCGACGUCCCGAUGGCGAGCCCUGGCCCAGCGUUCGACGACGGGCCGAUGGCGGAGUUCGGUGGGUUCGGCGACGCGGAGGACGAGGGCACGCUGUGCGAGCGCGGGCCGUCGACGCCGCGGCUGGAGACGGCAGCGCGCCCGCAGCGGCCGCGGGGCCCGCCGCACCAGCGAGAGCGCCGCGCCGCGCUGGCCCGCAAGUCGAUCCUCGUGCCGACGCUUGGCAUGGCGGAGGUCGCGGUGCCCACGCCGAACAAGGUCAACGAGGUGGCGGUGCGGCGGUCGGCGCGGGACCGCGUGGCGCCGCUCGAGUGGUGGCGCGGGACGCACCAGGAGGUGACACGCUCGGAGCACAGGACGCUGACGACGAUCAGGACGCCGAAGGCCGCGCACAAGCCCACGCGGGCGUGGCCGGCGCCGUCCCCGGUGGGGGACCUCCCAGCCGACGCACCGACUCCGGCCGGGGUGUCCAAGGGAGGGGGGGGCGGCGAGGCGUCGCCGGCGCCGUCGUCGCUGGCGUCGCCUGCGCCAGCGCCGAAGCGGUCGCGGGUCGGCGCGGAGGGCGGGGCGAAGAAGCGCGGGGGGGUUAGGAAGAAGGGGGCGGGGAGGUCGUCGUCUGGGGCGACGGAGGACGGGGGGGUGAAGAAGGGCACGCGGCGUCCGCGGACGAAGGUGGUGCGGAAGAGGGCGGCGUCGUGA